AUGGCCGCGCAGCCUAGACGGCCGACUCAAGAUUUCACAGGCAUCUUGAACUUUAUUCCUGAGGAUCUGUAUUCGCUGCUUUCCUCGCCAAAUUGCCAGCAAGAGGAGCGGCGCACCGCGAUCUUGGAAUUUGCUGUCGGCUUGGGUCUGCGGUGCCCCUCAGAGCGAACCAUGGCUUUGCUUACAGCCAUGGAACAAUAUCGCGGUACCGGGCAGUUCGUGAACAGCUUUCAGCUGCAUUCUGCGCUGGAGAGCACAAAGACAGCCUUUCGAAGACUCGUGCGCGGAGCGGCAGACCCGAAUCCGUUCAUGGUGCACCUGCCCCAGAACCCAGGCCAGCUUCCAGCCGGGCUUCAGCAAGCUCUUUUGCCACAAGGUGCACAUGCAGUGCCGCAAAUGCAUGUGAAUGGCAUCAUGGCCUUGGUGCAGCGUGUGCCACUGCGAAAAACGCAUACUGAAGUGCAAGCAGUGACGGGGGCAGCGAAAGAAGCGGCUGUUCCCCAGUUGAUGGGGCUGGGCUCUGCUCUGUUGGGUGGCAUCAUGCAGUUGGGGCAGCUGCCUGCAGUUCCCAAGGUUUCGGGUUGGUCUUCUUCGGCGGCAGGUGCUGUGCCUGCGGUACACUUGCAAACGCCUGCCCCGUUGGCUUUGCCUGCACCCGAGUCUGCAGGCCCAGGCGCUGCUGCUUUUCCGGCACUGGAGGACGCCCCCCGGGGCGAGGCUGCAGAAGACUUCUUGAGGGCAGGUUUGCCCCAAGCUACAGAAGAAGAACAAGAAGCUGCCCAGCCUUCACUGUUGCAACGAGCUCACCAGCUUGUAGACGCUCAAGGCAAGGCGUCUCAGAAGGGCAAGCCUUCACCUGCUCAGUCUGCCCAAGGGCAGGUGUCAGGACACUGUUCGGAAAGCAAGAAGAAGGGCCAAACCAAGAAAGGCCUUCGCCAGAAACCAGCUGCUGCGGUUCCUGCACCGAAAAAGCGUCCUGCAGGUUCCCAACUUGGCAGUGCAACGAAGAAGAGGCCCCAGGCCGCCCCUGCAGCUUUGAAGUCGGCAAGUUCGGGUGGCCAUGUGCUGUCGCAGACGCGCAAAUGCGUGCUGUCUCGUGCCUAUCACAAGGCUUUCCAUGCUGCCAUGCACAAGACUGCGGGGAAUACCGAGAAAUCCAAAGAGGCUGCACGCAAAGCCAUGCGAGUGGCAGCCCAGGAGUUUGAUGCCUAA